AUGGGACACACUCCAUAUAAAGGGUAUUUGGUCAAUUCAUUCACAUUAUCCGCUGUGCUCAACUACCCGCAACCCUCCGUCUCCUCAGACCUCACAUAUCCAAAAGCUUCUCCAAUGGCUAUGGCGGCCACUCUCUCGUCUCUCACCUCAUCCUUUUCUUCUCUCUCUUUCUCUUCCCGAAUCUCGCCCAAACCCUUCCAGCCUCUCUCUUUCGCUCCGCCGAAGCCCCUCUCUCUGAAAUCCGCCGCCCCCAAAUUCCCCGCCCUUAUCGUCGCCUCCUCCGCCGUCGAGGUCGACUUCUCCGCCGCCGAGGUCGCCUCCUCCCCCGCCGAGGUCGCCGACCCGAACGUCGUCGAGGCGCUGGACAUUACGAAGCUGGUGAAGUCCCGGCUUCCCGGUGGGUUCGCGGCGCAGACCUUAAUCGGUACUGGCCGCAGGAAAUCCGCUGUCGCUCGGGUUGUACUUACGGAAGGCACCGGCAACGUGUACAUAAACUAUCGGGAGGCGAAGGAUUACCUUCAGGGGAAUCCUGAAUGGCUGCGGUAUGUGAAGACUCCUCUUGAGGCAUUUGGGUAUGAGAGAAGCUACGAUGUGUUUGUAAAGGCACAUGGGGGCGGUUUAUCCGGUCAGGCGCAAGCCAUUUGCCUUGGCGUUGCUAGAGCCUUGUUGAGAGUAAGUGCCAGCCACAGACCUACUUUGAAGGAGAAAGGUCUCCUCACUCGGGACUCCAGAGUGGUCGAGAGGAAGAAGGUGGGGUUGAAGAAAGCGAGAAAGCGUCCCCAAUAUUCCAAACGUUGA